AUGGACGACGGAAUUGAUUCAACAAGAGAAGUGCAAGUCUUGAAGGAAGUAGGCUUGAAUGCGGAUCAAAUUUUCCAACUCUUGAUGGAGAAGGAAAAGACAAGGCAAAUAGAAUUGGAAAUUGUACUCGUGGAAAAGAAGAGAAAAUUCUCUGAUAACACUACUUCGGAUGAUGGAGUAUUAACAGAAUGGAAAAAGAAAAAACUAAAUGAAUUAUCAUCAAGAGCUUUAUGUGGGGAUGUUUGGAUUAAUAUUUUGGAAUUUCUUCCAGGCGUUGAAGGGUUUCGUAUGGUGAUGCUUUCUAAACAAGUAAUGAGAGCAACAAAACACUUAACUAGAAUUGAAUUUGACAAACGUGUUAAAUCGAGUAGAUUAGAAGACUUUAUAUGUUCUUCACAGUUUAAGCAUAUUCAAACCUUGAACAUUAACUAUACUAUUACACAGCCAAUGUUUAAUAUCUUGAUAAGGAAUUGUGAAAAUCUCAAAACAUUGACAGUUGUAGUACCUGAUGGUUUUGUUCUUGGCAUCCCUAAUUCAAACUGUAGUGUGAAAAAUUUACGAACUUUACAACUUUCAACGGAAUCACUCAACAAAGCCUAUUUAGAAUCGCUCAACUCUUAUUUGUUCAACCUCGAAGAUUUAAAGUUACCAUCAUUUAAAUCAAAACUUGCUUCUGACUUUCUUAACACCUGCACUAAAAAUAUUCGAGUAUUAGAAAUUGAUAAGGUUAAUUUCGACUUGGACCCAAAGGACUAUCUGCCCAAUUUGAAAUCUCUGAAAAUUCGACGCUUGAUAUGUAAUAUGAAGAUCUUUCUUUCAUUUUUUGAAAUCAAGACUUUAACUUCACUAAAUAUGUCCCUUGACAGUUUAAAUAAUGAUGAAGGGUUUACAGAAACAAAUACUAUAAUUGAAUCCAAGUUGGAAUACUUGAAGUUGAAUAUCACUGGCAUGCUUACUGAUAUAAUUUGUAAAUAUCAAUUUCCCAAUCUUGAGUGCCUUUCACUCACUCCUGAAUUAACGAUGAAUUCUGCAACUUCUUUAGGGACCAACUCCAGCUUAGCGAAUUUAAAAACGUUGGAACUUUUCGAAACUAGCAUUGAUGAAUUGAAAGCGUUAUGUAGCUCUAUUUAUCUUAAGAAGUUAACAUCUCUUACUGUAGAUUACGAAGAUAUUCGUGAUAUCGUUUGUGGUCUAGAUUAUAUAACACAAUCAGAAUCGUUUUCCAAUCUAUAUAACUUGCAAUUUUUUGGAAAUAAUGUAAAUUUGGAUUUAUUUUCCUCCGUUUCUAAAUUUUCCAAACUCAGAUUAUUAUACCUAUAUGAUCCCGAUAUUAAUUCACUUAUUAAUUUAUCCAAAUCCACACAUUUUCCACAUUUAAGAAAAUUAAGGAUCUACCUUAGCGAAAUUGUUCCAACCAAUUUCCUUGAAAAUAUUGCUAAUAAUGAAUCAUUUCGUAAAUUGUUCUAUUUAGGCAUAUGUCUUAAUGAUGAACAAGUUCCAAUACUAGUUAAUGCCAAAUAUUUCAAAUUGAAAAACUUGACAAUUUAUGGCAAAUAUGUUACCAAUGUAGGAGCUAAAAUAUUACAGGACCACAACAUUAACUUUGAAUUUGACGAAUAA